AUGUCUGGUUACCCGGGACAGUACGGCUACGGUGCCGGUGGUCACGACGGAGGCUACGGCGGCAGCGGCGGUUACCAACAGGGAGGUUAUGGCUCACAGCACCAGGGCGGCGGAGGAGGCUACGGCGGAUACCAGCCGCCCCCCGGCCCGCCUCCUUCGCAACAACACGGAGGCUACGGCGGCGGCUACGACCGCCCGCCCCCCGGUCCUCCUCCGGGCCAGGGUGGCUACGGUUACAACCAGCCGCCGCCUAACCCGUACCCGGACCAGAGCUACGUCGGCAGGUAUGCCCCCCCUCCUUACCCGCCGCCUCCCGGCCUUGAUGUUUAUGGCUACCCUGUCAAUUCUGGACACCAGGGAAGGCCCAACAUGCCCACGGUGAACUCCAACGACUGGGCUCAUGGCAACCGCAACGCGCCGCCUCCUCCGCCCUCCGGCGCCCAGCAGUUCGGCCACGGCGCCCCUGAGGGCUACAGCUUCCAGUACUCCACUUGCCAGGGAAAACGCAAGGCCCUACUUAUCGGCAUCAACUACUUUGGCCAGGACGGCGAGCUCCGCGGCUGCAUCAACGACGUCAAGAACCUCUCGGCCUUCCUCGUCGAAAGGUACGGCUACAAGCGUGAGGACAUGGUAAUCCUCACCGACGACCAGCAGCAGCCCAUGGGCCAGCCGACCAAGAACAACAUCCUCCGCGCUAUGCACUGGCUCGUCCAGGGCGCCCAGCCCAACGACUCACUCUUCUUCCACUACUCGGGCCACGGUGGUCAGACCGAGGACAUUGACGGCGACGAGGACGACGGCUAUGAUGAGGUUAUCUACCCCGUUGACUUUAAGGAGGCCGGUCACAUCGUCGACGACGAGAUGCACCACAUCAUGGUCAAGCCCUUGCAGCCUGGUGUGCGUCUGACGGCCAUCUUCGACUCGUGCCACUCGGGCUCCGCCCUCGACCUGCCCUACAUCUACUCCACAAAGGGCGUCCUCAAGGAGCCCAACCUGGCCAAGGAAGCCGGCCAGGGCCUGCUCAAUGCUUUCACAGCCUAUGCCUCGGGCGACCUCGGCGCCGUCGCAAGCUCCAUCUUCAGCUUCGGCAAGCGCGCCAUGGCCGGCGACGACGCCUACGAGAAGACAAAGGAGACUCGCACAUCGCCCGCCGACGUUAUUAUGUGGUCCGGCAGCAAGGACAGUCAGACAUCGGCCGAUGCCACCAUCGCCAACCAGGCCACGGGCGCCAUGUCCUACGCCUUCAUCACCGCCCUCAAGGCCAAGCCCCAACAGAGCUACGUCGAGCUUCUCAACAGCAUCCGCGAUGUGCUCCAGGAGAAGUACACCCAGCUGCCCCAGCUCUCGAGCAGUCACCCGAUCGACACGGAUAUCCUGUACGUAAUGUGA